UCUUCUGCUUCAGCUUUUGCUUGGUAUUGUUUUGCCGGGAACUUAAGAACUGCGAUCUUUAAAGAAAUUCGCAUAAAAAGUUUAAUAUUGAAAUAAUGGCUGAAAUUGAUGUCGAUCAGAGAUUAAGAGAUGUUCAAAAGGAGUACUUGGAUUUUCUGGAUGAUGAUGAUGAUCAAGGAAUAUACAGCGAUGCUGUAAAAGAUAUGAUUAACCGUAAAGGAAGAAGACUGGUUAUUAAUAUUAAUGAUUUGAGACGAAAAAAUCCUAUCCGCUGUCAAUACCUGCUGACAGCAUCCUUUGAAGAAUUGGUAGCUUUUCAGAGAGCAUUAAAAGAAUUUGUCAGUGCAGCAGAUCCACAGUACUCCAAAGAAAUAGAAGAAUUUUUCAUUGCUUUAGAAGGAAGUUUCGGCUCAAGGCAUGUCACUCCUAGAACUUUGGUAUCAAGUUAUUUGGGUAACGUUGUAUGUGUUGAAGGAAUUGUAACAAAAUGUUCAAUUGUACGUCCAAAAGUUGUGAGAAGUGUCCAUUAUUGCCCAGCAACAUCAAAAACUAUGGAAAGAAGAUAUGCUGAUCUUACUACUUAUGACGCUUAUCCAAGUAGCUCAGUAUAUCCUACAAAGGAUGAAGACGGUAAUUUACUGGAAACUGAAUAUGGAUUAUCUGUGUACAAAAAUCAUCAAACAUUUUCUAUACAAGAAAUGCCGGAAAAAGCUCCUGCUGGUCAACUUCCUCGCAAUGUAGAUAUCAUUGCGGACAAUGAUUUAGUCGACACUUGUAAACCUGGUGACAGAGUACAAGUUGUUGGAAUGUAUCGUUGCUUACCUGGAAAAAAGCAAGGUUAUACUACUGGAACAUUUAGGACAGUUCUUAUUGCAAAUAAUGUUCAGUUACUUAGUAAGGAAGUGUCACCUCAAAUUUCUAUGGAUGAUGUUAAAAAAUGCAAGAAAUUUUCUAAGCAGAAGGAUGUGUUUGAAAUUUUGGCUCAUUCAUUAGCACCUUCUAUUCAUGGGAACGAAUAUAUCAAAAAGGCAAUCCUUUGUCUUUUACUUGGUGGAGUUGAAAAAGUUCUUCCCAAUGGAACACGAUUAAGAGGUGAUAUCAACAUUUUAUUACUUGGAGAUCCUUCUGUAGCCAAAUCUCAACUAUUGAGAUAUGUUCUUCACACAGCACCAAGAGCUAUACCUACCACUGGUAGAGGCUCAUCUGGUGUUGGUUUGACAGCUGCAGUGACCACAGAUCAGGAAACUGGUGACAGAAGAUUGGAAGCUGGUGCCAUGGUUUUGGCUGAUCGAGGCGUUGUGUGUAUUGAUGAAUUCGAUAAAAUGUCAGAUAUUGAUCGAACAGCUAUCCAUGAAGUUAUGGAGCAAGGAAGAGUUACUAUUGCUAAAGCUGGUAUCCAAGCUAAAUUAAAUGCUCGUUGUAGUGUUCUAGCAGCUGCUAAUCCUGUAUAUGGAAAGUAUGACCAGUACAAAACUCCAAUGGAAAAUAUCGGCCUGCAAGAUUCACUUCUAUCUCGUUUCGAUUUAUUGUUCAUUAUGUUAGAUAAAAUGGAUCCUGAAAGUGAUCGAGAAAUUGCCGAUCAUGUAGUGAGGAUGCAUAGGUAUCGAAAACCAGGAGAGAUGGAUGGUGAACCUUUACCCAUUCAUACAUCUGCUGACUUUCUUGCAACCAAGGAUCCUGAUGCUGAAGAGGAACAAGAAGAAAAUACACCAAUUUAUGAAAAAUUUGAUGCUCUUCUACAUGGAUCUCGAUCAAAAAUGGAAAAAAUUGUCAGUAUGGAAUUUAUGAAGAAAUAUAUACACUUAGCUAAGACAGUGAAGCCUACAUUAACACCUGAAGCUUGUGAGCUUUUAUCAGAAGAAUAUGCUAAGCUUCGUGCAUUUGAUACACAAAAUUCUGACAUUGCCAGAACUCAACCUGUCACUGCUCGAUCUUUGGAAACAUUAAUUCGUCUAUCAACAGCUCAUGCCAAGGCUCGUAUGUCUAAUACUGUUAAUCUUCGAGAUGCCCAGGCUGCUAUUGAUUUGGUACAGUUUGCUUACUUUAAGAAAGUUAUGGAAAAGGAGAAGAAAAGAAGGCGUCCAGAAGAGGAGUCUAGUGAUGAAGAAGCUGAGGAAGCACCUAAGAAAAAGAAAGCUUCUCAGCCAAGAUCGCAACCUGGAGAAGAAGGUUAUGAUCCUUAUGAUUUUGAAGAAGACUCCUCUACCGGUCCACGUUCUGGAUCUUCUCGAGGAGAUACCUCUUCUCAAUCAAUGUCUGCAUCUACUUCAAAAAUAGGUGAUGUUACAAUGAUGGAAAUAUCCAGGCUAAAAGAGUUCCGAGGAAUCAUAUCUAAACUUUUCAAAGAGCGCCAUGCUCAGUCAGUACCUCUGCCAGAACUGAACACUUAUGUUUCUGAACAUCAACCAGAAACACCAUUUACUCCUGAAGAAAUUAAUUCUGCCCUUGAUGCAAUGACUGAGGCAAAUCAAUUGAUGGUGGCCAAUGAUAUUGUCUUCCUUAUUUAAGUUGACAAAAUUAAAAAGAUUUUACAUUUCACUUCUAAUUUUUUUAAUAUACUCUGUUUCAUUUAAAAACAAAUGUAAAUA